AUGUCAAAUACGAGGGAGAUCACGGUUUUAUACUUUGCAGCUGCAUCAACAGCGACGGGGCUGACUUCUGAGCGCAUCCCGUUACCACCUACCACCGACCCUUUUACUUUAUCAUCGCUUCCAUCCCUCCUCGUAUCUCGCCAUCCCAACACGCCUUUGGACAAGGUCCUCGAAGGCAGUCAGUGGAGUGUGGAUGCGGAGAUGGUUGAUGAUAUCAGCAAGGUCGUCUUGAAGGGCGGAGAAGAGGUUGCAGUGAUUUGCCCGGUUUCGGGCGGGUGA